AUGGUGAAACUUAGUCUAGCAUCUAAAUAUAUAUAUCCCAAUGAUAUGUGUGAAUUAAUAAGAACUGUAACCGAUAUUAUUGAAAAGAAACAUGAUGUAGAAGUAGAUAAAAAACAAUUAUGGGAUAUCAUUAAUAAUAUUUAUGAUCAAUGGAUAAACGUUUCUGAAAUAGAAAAAGAAGAAGACAAAAAAGAUUAUUAUAAAUUAAUAUCUUUUUUUACGUUACUUUUAUCUACUAACUGGUUUAAUGAAGAUCAAAAUGAGUUGGAAUAUCUUGUAAAUGAAAUUUAUUUUGCUCAUAUGGGUUUAGCACAAUCAUAUCCAGAGGAGGAACUUACCAGAGCAAUAGAAAAUUCCCUAGGUGCCGAAGUAAAAAAGUGCAUAAUUAAUAAGAACGAUUUAAGUGUAGAAUUUAUAAAAGGAGAUUAUGGAGAUGGUAUUUUUGAUGGCAAAAUUGUACUAGACGUAAAUGCUGGUUUAUUUUUGCACACACAAAAGGAUGUUUUGCAAUAUACAGGGAAAUUACCUGUUGAUGCGUAUGAAAUUGAACUAGCUAUUAGUUCAUUUGAUUGGAAACAACGAGACGAAAAAAAAAAAGAAUAG